AUGUUUAAAAAUGUCUGGUCAAUUGCAACAAAAAAAGACAAUCUAUGGGUUAAGUGGGUGCAUAAUGUGUAUAUAAAGAAUGAGGAGUGGUGGAACUACAAGGCUCCGCCCCAUAGCAGCUGGUACUGGAGGAAGUUAGUGAUGCUUAAAGAUCAAGUCAAACAGCUUAUGGAUCCUGGGCAGUUUACACAGAAGACUUAUCAAAUUGCAUCAGGGUACAAAAUGCUUAUUCAGGUGCAGGAAAGGUUCCAGUGGAGCAAAGAAGUCUGGGGCAGAUUUAACAUCCCCAAACAUAGCUUUAUGCUUUGGAUAGUAGUACAGGAUAGACUCAAAACUAGAGACAGACUUCGAAGGUUCAAUAUAUCAGAGGAGUCAUCUUGUAUCCUCUGCAAUGGAGCAGAAGAAUCAGUGGCCCAUCUGUUUUUCGACUGCUCAUUCUCUCAGGACUGCUUACAUCAAGUGAAGACUUGGCUGGGGUUGAAAGCUCAUACAGAGUCAUUGCAGGGACUUCUUAGGUGGAUAGAAAGGUCUAAGAGAAGCAAGUUUCAGAAGAAAGUCUUGGAUGCAUCAGUUGCCUCGCUGGUUUAUCACUUAUGGCAGGCUAGAAACUACAAACUCUGGCAAUCAAGCAUUGUAUCUCCCAAGACGUUAGUUCAGGAAGCAAAAUGGCAAAUUAAAACUAGGAUAACAUGUAUAAUGCCUAAACAUGUAGAUCACGUUGAUAAGACAUGGUUUGAAUUAUUAUAG